GCAUUAUUUGGGGAUAAAACUUCUGAUAUUGAGAGUUUAUUUCGAAAAAUUAAUAUUUCGAAAAUUUUUAUUCAUUUUGGUCCAUUAUAGCUCGGAUGCUGUAGGUCCAAUCAAAAAGUGCUCCGUACAUUUUUUAUAGAGCACUGUCUGGGGAUAAAUCUUCUGAUAUUGAGAGUUUAUCUCGAAAAAUUAAAAAUUCGAAAAAAUUUAUUCAUUUUGGUCCAUUGGAUGUUGUGGAUCCAAAUAGUUCCUCAUACAUUUUUUGUAGAGCACUAUCUAAGGAUAUAACUAUUCUCCUAAUCUCGAGAGUUUUUCUCGAAAAUUUUUGGUCCAUUGUAUCUCGGAUGCUGUAGCUCCUAUCAAAAAACACCCUCAUACAUUUUUUGUAAAUAUAAAAUAGAAAUAUAAUUUUUUUUCGCAACAAAAAUUCAUCCUGACAAUUUUGAAAUAAUCUUUUCAGUAAAAUUCUUGAAGUACGCGAGUCUCUGCAGUAACGCUUUGUGAGCAUUGUUACUGUUAGAUAAUUAUUUCCGUCAUUUUCGUAAUUUACACAUUGUCGCCGUCGUAAUUUUUUUUGCCACUUUAGUCUUUUUCAAGUUCUCAGUAAGUUUGGUACAAUUUUUUUUUCUUAUGAAAAGAAACAGAAAUAUAAAAUGAACGUUUUUGCUAUUAUUUGUCAAAUUUUUUGUAUUUUAAUAUCAGUUUUAUUAGCUCAAGUGUGUUAUGAUGAUGGAAGUGAAUUUUGUCUGAAUGAAAAUGAUAUUUUAUCAGUCGAUUUAUUACCCGGAUCUUUUAUACUCGGACAGCCUAAUGAUAUUGAUGAAAAGAAGAAAAUUUUCGACAAUUUGACUGUGGAUGGAUCAUUUAAUACAGCAUUUGGAGAAAUGGGUUAUCACAGACAAAGAAUGAACGAAUAUCUCUGCCAUGGAUACAUAGCUGAAGAAAUAUUUAAUGAAGUUGGACCAACACGUAUAAAACGUCGUCUACAACCACCGCCAGAAAAUAUUAUGUCAGAUUUUAUUAAUGAAAAUAAUGUGACAGUUCAUGAUAAAUUAUUAUCCGAUGAAGGAAGUUCAAAAUACAAAGAUUGGCUUCAGAGAACAACAACACUAAACGAUGUUUAUCAGCAUUAUUCUCCACAAAGAAGAAUGAAAGUUAAAACUUCAGUUCGACCUGAAGAUGAUUUUCAAGAUUAUGAUGGAGAAGUUACUAGUUAUGGGGUACCAAUGCCAGUACCUCCUGAAAAAAGCAAAAAUCAUUACGCUGGUCCACUGAUACCAGCUUCUUCUGCUCAUCAUGUAAAUUAUGGUCCACCUCCGGUACAUUAUGCUCCACCAAGUUAUGGACCAUCAUCCCAUGGACCAUCGGGUCACGGUUUCUCGCCCUCUGUACACGAGGAACAUUAUUAUUUUCCCACAAAUCAUCAUGAAGACAGUCAUCAUGUUCAUCACAGUAAAAAAGGAGGUGAACUUUCAGUAAAGGAUUUUUUCGAAAUUGCCCUCACUGCUCUGGCAUUUUUGGCAUUUGGUUUGUUUAUUAUUCAUCUGCUGAUGAGUAUCGCGAAUGCAGUUACCUCAACAACAACAACGGCAUCGAGCCUUUUUGCCGAUUUACCUUUGAGCAAUUCACGUGCAAAGAGAAGUGCAUUCAAUUCAUUACCAUUGUCUUAUUCGGGAAAUUCGGAAUUGAAUGAAUUAUCACAUCGUGUAUUGCGUUCAAUUGAAGCUGCAAUGAUUGCUCAAAAUGAUUUUGGAAAUUGCCUUCGAAGAGUUCUUUGCGAGGACAAUAGUUAUGCAAAACAUACCGAAGGGGGUCAAAGAAUUUGGAUACCUGUUUGGAGUUUAGGAAUGAGUUGGGUCUCUGGUAGAAUUCUGAAUAAAUCACCGUGGUCGGCAAUGUUGAAUUCUGUAAAAGCCUCUGUUCUUGGUAUAGGUAAUGCCGACUGUAUUUCACUUUAUCCAGCCUGCAAUCUCGAAAGAGAAAGAAUCAAAAGGCGCAGAAGACGAAGAAAAUAAAAAAUUUUUUUUUUUUUGAUAUAUAAUAAUUUACAUGAAA